AGCAGGGUCUGGCCAAGAUGGCGGCGCUGUGCGAGAGCUUCACGCUGCGCGGGCCGGGCCCCGGCGGCGGCGGCCCCGGACCCGACCCUGGGCUGUGCCUGGAGCCAGGCCCGGGCAGCGACCUCGUGCUGCUCACAGAGCGCGGCCGGGCCGCCACGCUCUUCAAGAUUUCGGAUCAGAAGCCCCUGGGCUGUUGGUCAGUCAAACAUGGGCAGAUUCUCACCUGUCCUGUCGUGUGCAACUUUGAAACCCACGAGUACAUUGCAGUUCAUGAUGACAAGGUUUUAAGAAUAUGGAAGAAUGAAGACCUUAACUUGGACAAAGCCUUUAAAGCAACACUCUCAGCAGAGGUGUACAGGAUCCACUCCCUGCCCCAGGGGGGGCCCCUGGUGCUGUUCAGGGGAGGGGGGGUUCGGACCCUGGAUGUGCUGCUGGAGGCUCCGCAGCAGGAGAUCGAGAACCUCAUCUCAGCUGAGGCCAUCAGGUGGAGUGGAGCUUUUAUGGAAGGCCAAGAACCUGUCUUAAUAUUCACUACUGAGAAAGAUAAGGAUUUUUUUGUCUAUGUACAGAAGCCUAAGCUGAACAGUCUACACAAAUACAAGCUUGAACAGCAGAAAUUAGCCAAGCCUCUGUGUUUCACAGCACAUGUUACAAACCAAAUUGUCACACUUCUGUGUUUGUAUUCUAAUAACUCUGUGUACCAGGUUCUGAUACCUCUACAGCAAGAUACUGAAGAAGAAGAGGAAAAAGAAGAAGAAAUUUUGUCCAAGUCACUACUACUAAACCUUUCAGUAUCUGGAGCUGCUCUGAAAGGAACAUCUUUAGUUGUCCUGGACAAAGACCACGUUGCAGUGCUGGGCAGUCUGCCUGAUCCUGGGAAAAAGCCCAAAGAGUGCCUGACCAUAUGGAAUACAAAAUUUCAGACGUUGCAAACCUCUAAGGAGCUGCCCCUGGGGACCAGUGGCCAGUUGUGGUGUUACGAGGAAAAAUUUUUUCUAAUUCAUGGGAAAGUGCUGACUGUAAUUAUGUACAAGUGUGAAACAUCAUCCUUGGCAGCUGCUGUGGGAAAGCUCAAGGACAGUCAAACCCUUGAUGUGUCCUCAUUUGUGAACUGGAAUACCCUGGAAGAUGAAGAGCUGGUGGUUUCCUUUGAGUCCCAGGAGUCUGUAGCUCUGAAAGCAGAGUCCAGAAUGAAUUUAAGAUCAAGUAGAAGCCCUGGACAAUCAGGGGCCUUAUCAGUUGGGCAGCUCUUACUAAGACUCAAAGAUGCUUCUAAUUAUGUGUUGGAAACUGAAUUGAAAAAACUAAUGGCAAAAGCACCAACCCCAGAUCUGCAAGCCACCAUUGGCUGUGUGGUCACUGCCCUUACAGACAGAUGUAAAAGAAAUCCAAAGUUCUACCCUCAAAAUUUGCUGCAGGAGAUCGUUGAAACCCGGGACUUGUCCUACAGUUUAUGUCCAGAUUUAAUGGCUGUUGCUUUGGAGCAAAAAGACCUGCAGCUCUUACAAAUCUGCCUAGAACGGUUUCCAGAUAUUCCUGAAGAAAUCACUUAUGCUUGCCUGAAAGCGUUUUUAAGCAUGAGUGAAGAGCAUCUUAAAAGUGUAGAUGUAAACCUAGAUUCUGCCAUCUGUUACGUUGAUGUUGAAUGCAACGAUAUGGAAGUUAAGACUGAAAUUCUAGAAAAUGGUUUCAGUGAAGAGAUGGACCAGGACAUGUGUGAUACCAAAAUCCCAAAGGAAAGCCAGAGUGAUGGUGAAUCCUGCCCUGUUGGGCUUCAGAAGGCAGCAUUGCUAAAUGCUGUUCUCCAUUCAGCUUACACUGAAACAUUUCUUUUGCCUCACCUGAAAAACCUUCCAGCUCAACAAGCUAUUCUAUUUCUCAGGUAUUUAUAUUACCUGUAUGUGAAAUGCAGUGAAAAAGUUAACACCACUCUUCCUGGAAUACGCUCUCCCACAAUAAAUCAGAUCAUGGAUUGGAUGUGCCUGUUGCUUGAUGCCCAGUUCACUGUCAUGGUGAUGCUUCCAGAAGCAAAGGACUUGCUUUCAAACCUGCAUAAGUUUGUGAGAGCCCAAGUACGGUUCUACUCAGAACUCAACAAGAUUGAAGGAAGUUUGCAGGAAUUACAAAGACUGAACCACCUGAGAGAAUCUCAGACCUAUUCUAUUGAAGUGCUGGAAAUCAUUUGAAUUUGAAGCUCAUUAACACAUUUAUUUUGUAUUGAUUCCUUUUAUGACAGGGAUGUAUUAGCACUCCAUAUUGGGGCUGUCAAAAGUUGUUUUCUACAUAGGAGGAGCCUGGUUACUCUGUAGCUACAUGGGAGUUGUAAGUUUGAACCUUGUGUAUUAAAAUCUCUCUUUUUGACUGGAUGAGAAGCUGGAUGUUUGCUUAUAUUUUCAUGUAGAAUUUUGAUAUGUGAUCAUGAGAACUUCCUAGAAUACCACACGAUUCUUGGCUAAACACAAGAUGGUUGUGGCAGAAGUGCUGGGGGCAUAACUUGCUGUUUUGGGCUGUGUAAAUUGCAAAGAGCUGCACAGUUAGAAGGCUCAAGUCACUUUGGAAGGUGACAUGUUUAGUUGUAUUUAUGCACUGUCAGUACCAAAUGUAGGUACAAGUCUGAAAAAAACUUCUGCAGUAGCAGCUGAAGUUGUAUAGAGGGGACUUCUUGGCACUGGUAGUAAGUAGCUUUCAAUAUUUUGGACAAGAAAACUUAUCUUGAAUUUAAAAUAAGAACAUUCUUACCUAUAUCAGUUUGUUUUCUGUAAGUACUUUUUCAACUACUGAACACCUCAACUUAGUUAAUGUCAUCUAUGCUGCUUGAAUUCUAGCAUUUCAAAGUAUAUCUUAGAUUGAUUUUGACUCUCUUUGAAAUACAAAGUGAUGAACUAAAGUUUUAUGCAGGCAACAUUUGUUGAAGAUUUUACAGGUAUCUGUUGACUUAUUCUUCUGAUGAGGCAUUCACUUAAAGCUGACUUGUUACGAGAUACUUGUGGGACUAUUCAUCUGGAGUAAGGAAAAAUGGAACAGAAGCAUAAUGCUGAAUUUCCUGGAGUCGAGUAUAAGGUGGAUUGUUUGGGACAAGAUAAUCAAUACAUUUUCAGAACAGCAAAUAUGAUGUUAUUUUUACUAAUUAUGUGAUGGAAUAUUAGUAGAAUUCAGCAUAUCAGUAUAUUGAUAUAAUUUGGUUUUCAUCAUCUAAAUAAAAUGACAAUUGGAACUAUAUUGAAUUACCUCAGCAAAAGUCAUGUAAGCCCUUCCUGCCUUCCUACACCUGAUUCCAGUCUGCUGCUGAGCUCUAACGUAAUGUUACUCAGCAACACUGUGGUGUCUUAAAAAAAUGUCUGUGGAAUUGAUUUGAGAGCUGAACACCUGAAUACAAUUCCUAACACAAAUUAUGAAAUAGUUUGGAGUGAAGGACUGGACAAAAGCAUCUCAAUAAUUUAAGAGCAUAUGCUCACUUGUUCUGAAUAUCAUCCAGCUGUAGGUUCAGUUCUUUCCCUUAUCCUUGGAGAAAAGAGCCCACCCCAGACAACAGCUUGGAACAACUGGGCUGUUCAUCUUCUCCACAGUGCCUUGUCAAAGGAAGCUUAUUCUCCAUCUGUCCUGAGGAUGGAAGCAGGGUAGAGCUUCCACCCAAAAAUUCCUCUUCCUGCUGGAUUCAAUUCACUUACAAACAUGCUCAUUUAACUACCAGCAGACUCCAAAGUGGAGCUCCAAAUUCCAAGUCAGUAUAUUCUACUCUGAGUAGAAUGGGCAGGUUUUGGGGUUGGGGUUGAUUUCUCUACUGAGCUGUGUCUUGGAAAGGACUAAUUUAUAUCCUGUCCCUGAAGGUAACACCUCUCUGUGCACCCAUUUCUUCACCUACAAAAUGAAAAUUCAGUAAGCACUUCCACAUCACCAACUGAUCAGGGAUGGGAUUAAGAGACAGAUACUCUGGUUCACAGUUCAGAAGCACAUGAUUCUCAGCACCUUUGAUCUACCACAAAUACACAAAAUCCACAGUGUUUUGGAGGUGUUAAUGCUCUCAGAAUGCUGCAGGCUGUGUGAUUGGUGCAGCAGAUAGGUACUUUUGCUAGAUUCUCAGUGUAUAGAUGGCAGAAUGCACAGGUGUUUUUCCCAUGAUACCAGAAGGAGAUAAUGGAAAAUGUGUGUCUGUAUAUUCAUGUUUUUAAAGAGUUACCACAACCCUCUGCCACCUUGUGAGAGGUAGCAAAAAUCAGCCUCACAUAAGCAACCUAAAGUUAAUUUGGAAAGGUUCAGAAUACAAAUUGAGUAGAAAGAAAGGUGUAAAUGGGGCUGGGCAAUGUUUGCUGCUCGGGGCUUUGGGCCUGUGCAGCUGCAACAUUGAAUAUAAAAGAGCUGCAGAUAAAAAGCUGGAUAUAGAGUGCAAAUUGGGCUAAACCCUGCAGCCAUUGCUGUGUGCUUGAUGCUGUGGCAGGUUUGUGGGUUUAAUGAGGUGCUCGGCCUGAGCAAUAAGUUAAUAAACAAAAGGACUUCAAAAAUUACUAUUGAAGAAUGCAAAUUAAAUGAUAUAUUGGACAUGUCGCUGCCAUGUUUGUGGCAUGACCAGUGUUGUGUUUUACCUAGCUCAGAUGUAUAAACAUGGGACUGGAAGAAAUGAACAUGUAAACUGAUUUUCUAAUGAUAAGACUUCUGGCUCUCUGAAAUACUGAAACUGUCUCGAUCUAGCAAUGAAAUGGAAGGCUGGUUGUAGGAAAUACAAGAUAUCUGUGUGCCUUGGGCUGACUUUCAGUUUGUACUGCUUUUGCUUAUGAAACUGAUACCCUGAAUCCAAGUGGUGGUAUUGGAAACCCAACAGUGCAACUGGUUUUUGUGGAUUUUUAGUUCUUUGUAGGCUCUGGCAAGUAAGACAACCAGAGGUAAUACAAAGCAGACUGAGUCCAUCUCUUUUCCUAGUGCUCC